UCGGGUGUGGGGAGGAGGUGUAAUUUUAAUUUUGUAUUGCUAAUCGAGAUAAAGUGAAAUGGAUAAGGUAUUUUCUAUCGUUAAGCAAACAUUCCACUUUAGUUUAGACUGCAAUCCAAAAAUAACCGCACAGCAUUAAUAUACGAAACUUGUAUUUUACUUAUCACAAAAGAUAUUUUAAGUGCAAGUUCUCUGAGCAUUAUAAUCAUUGUGCACGAAUGAAAAUACCCUACUGCUUCAUCUAUUUUUAUUUACCUUCUUUUUUUCUCUCACUCUCUUUUAUUAUUUCCUCUCUUUUUUUCUUUGCCUAUCCCUUUUGUGUAUACAGUUUCAUUUUUUUCUUCUAUAAGAUGAACUAACUUUAUAAAAAGAUACCUUCAAAGACUUGUAAAGUCAUUCUGUUUUGAAUGACCUUUUGGCGAACGAAAAUAGGAACUAAGUGUUAUAGAAACGAACCCUUCUAAAACCUGUUCGUGGCUCUAGCGAAGCGAAUAGGCGGAUACAUAAUGAGUGGUGGUAGGACGGCAAUAACCACUAAUCUUAGCUAUAUACUUCAUGCGGCCUCGGGCGUUCAUAAAACUGUUUAAUUUCAAUUUACGGACUACGAGUUUUGGAGCGUUCGGUUAAAAAAAUGUAUUGAAACGCCAGUCUCGCUUUUCAUAUGAAGACUGGCGGAACGUGUAGGUAACAUCGAUCAGUGAAUGAUAACGAAGAUAAAUGAAAAAAAGGAGUAGACAGCCAAAUCUGAAUAUGGUCGUCAUACCCGUGGCUUGGUGGGGUUUAAUUUAGACCAGGGAUUUUUCUUUUCUUGGAAACUGACUUGUACAUUUUUGCAGUUGAGUGUUUGCUGUAGUUGAGACUAAAAUCGAAACGCCAUGAACGGGAACAAUAAUCUAUACGGCGCGCCCAACCCCGCCCCUGGGGUAACCACCGUGUGGGUCUCUGGACAGGACGACCAACUAUCGCCGAUGAUGAACAACUUUGGCUCUCUUUCCCUGCAAGACGCCGGAACUGCACCACAAAACCAGUUCUUCAUCCCCCAGCAGACGUUCUCCAAUACAGGCGGAGUCACGACGUCGAUGGGGUUAACGUCGAACUUGAACAACAAUUCACAGUACUACGUCGUAUCGGUGACACCGUCACCAAUGGAAGCGAAACCAGAGCUACAACCGUUCACGUUUCCAGCGGCCGACUCGAAUAUCAACUUAUACGCCAACGGCUUGAUUAAUGAUCCUCCUGCCGAGCAGAAGACGCUGACCCAUCAAACUGUCACGUCUCCGGCGCUUGUAACUCAAAACCUGGUCCAGCAGUCGGCAUACUUUCCUCAGGCGACACUAUACCAGCAGCCUCAGAACAGUUUUCAAUCGGGACCGUUGUACUCAUCCAUUCCUGUAAACGGAUUCGAGCCCAGUUCGCCAAUGUCGACAAAAUUGAUAUACAAUUCGACUGGGGAGCCCACAGAGUCUUCCAGUAAUACAGACUUCAGUUCCACGGCCUCCAGUCCGUAUGGUUCGCUGCCGUCUUCACCAAGGCCGGAGCAGCAGUCGGAGCCUCCCAGCUUCCAACCCGUGGCUCCCAACUACACCAGGCCGAAAGAGAAAGACCUCUGUAUGAGGUGCGGGAAGAAAGUUUACGCCAUGGAAAAGAUCGGCCCUGUUAAGUAUGUGGUGUACCAUAAACUGUGUUUCCGCUGUGUCGUCUGCACGUCUCUGCUUACCCUGAAGAACUUUCACCAUAACCCAAACGAAAUGGAGGAUUUGAACGUUUACUGCCAGUCGCAUCGCCCGAAAGAGGACAGUGGGACCCUGGACGCCAAUUCCGUGUCCAUCCAAAAGGCGCUGAAAGUUCCGAAACUGGGGCAGGUGAACGAACAGGUUCGCGGCGGACCAGACGCGAUGAAAGGAGGGAAACUAGAUAUCAACACGGUCAGCAUCCAGACGGCUUUAAACGCUCCUAAAGCUGACCUCAUGUCGCCAGAUCUGCUGAAGACGGCUGGACAGGCCUACUUCUUUGACUCGGAGGAUAUAAACGUGCAGCACGUGCGUAACAUUCCCGCCACGGACCUGCACGUGGCGAACAAGCAGCGCGAGAAGGUGUGGUCACGUAAUGAGAGGAAGGCAGAGCCCAUGCCGCCCCAGGGGGUGAUGGGUUACUCACCAGAGGAAGAAUAUUAUCAGAGACAGCUGUACCAGUAUGAAGGGGUACCGCAACCGGAUUAUUACUGAGACGUAUAAGAAAGGGACAUAAAUAAAUACAUUUCGGUGGUUCCAAGUGAACAUAACAAUUGUUGGUUACAAUUAUACCAAUGAACAAGUUUAAGCCUCGAAAUAUCAUGGUAUUUCGAGCUAACAGAGGUCGAUAUAUACAUAUACUGGCAAAGAAAUUGCUAUUUGUGAUUUAAGAAGUGAACAUAUAUUUAAAAUAACUAGGGAAACGACUUAUUGAGAUUUAAGAAGUGAGAGUGUAUGUGCUUAUAAAGUGAGACUUUGUUAAAGCUUUGGAAUUAGACUGAAGUUUUAUGAAACCAGAAGGGUAUCAGAACCGGUACAGGAACAGGAUUACGUCUGAAUAUGCAUGUGAACGAAAUACAGUAUCGACGUGCGUCCAACUGUACUAUGAACUUAAAGAUCACACGAAUACGACCUUUGGAUACCUCACUGUUUUCACUGUUUCAAAAAGUAUAUGUGAUGUGCAAGAAGAGAAAUGAUACUAUUUCUGAAUGUUCGUGAUAACGGGUUAGAAUCGAUUUGUGACUGACAGUACUAGCGACUAUCGCUAACCGAUUGUCGCCUUGAGAUACCUCACUGUUUUAGUGUUUUAGAAAGAUAUAUAUUUUUUGCUUUUGCAUAUGGAAUAACAAGAAUCAAGAAUUCAGAAAUGGCCUAUUCGUAAAUGGUAAUGUUGGAUAAAGUAAGCAACAAUAUGAGGAAUACUCGGUAACCAGCUGUAGCUUUGCUGUAUAUCAUUGUUGCAGCGUUUAGAAAUAUAUAUCUAUAUAUUUUCUAUAUAUGCAUAAUAUUACGAUUUAAUGCUCUAUUUCACGCUCAUAUUUCUUCGUCCUCAUUUUUUGACCAGGAAUUACUUUUUAUAACGUGCCAGUUUGUUGAAGGUGCUAAAACAAGGAUAAACCAUUACUUGUUUAAUUUAAAGAUGGUUGUUGAAAGUGGUAGAUCCCGAGGAAUUCCAAGAGAGCAUUGUUUAAAGUUAAUUUGAAAACAAGCAAAGAAAUCGCAUUUCAUAUUCCAAAUGCACAGGUAUAUAUAUUUUUCAUAAAUCUGAGCAACAAAACCGUAUCCUGCACAAGGCAGUCGAAAAGACGUCAGUAAUAUGCUCAACUUUUGUCUCCUUUUGUCUGGAUCAGUUUCUACAGACUAUUGACUAUUGGUUACUUGGCCAGUACCCCUCACAGCCCCAGCCAAACAGUGCUACUACAUUCUAUACCCUAAAUGAUACGACAAUUUCAGUUUUCUGACAUAUGAUGCUACUUUAAUGGGAUUUGCUUUUACUAUACCCCUUGCAUUUCAAGGCACCAAAUACUUGCACUACGUCUAUUUUGGCUCCAGUUUGUUUUCAAGUUCGAGUUGUUUAUUUACUUUACAUUUUACAACGUAUCAGUUGAAUGCAUAGCAUAGAAUACUAUAACAUAUAUAAAUAUACAAUAUGCAAAAGUACAAAGCAAUUGUGUGUGUGGUUUGGAACAUAUGACCAUGUACAAAUACAAGUGAUAUGUUACAUUUCCAACAUUAACAAUAUUCCUGUAAUACCAGGACCCUUGCUUAUACAACUUUAGAGUGCAGACUCAACUCUCUAAUAACGUCACACGCAUACAGUUUGUUUGGCAUUGUCAUGGCGUUGAAGUCUCAGAUUCUAUUAGUCUUGAGUCUAGACUCUAUAAAGCACCAGGGCCAGUACCUAUAAAUGUUUUAGUCCAGACUCAAUCUCUAAUGACGUCACACGCAUACACUGAUACAGUUUGUACGAGUGUCUCAGACUCUAUUAGAGUCUCGAGUCUAGACUCUAAAAGUUUUAUAAGCACCAGGGUUGGCCUGGUCUCUAAUUAUGUUUGUCUGCACUAAAUAUUUUCCUAGACACAGACAGCCCCAUAAACGAUGGUUGCAAAACAGGGAAAAUAGAUUUAAAACGCUAAAAAUUACAAUUAUACGUAUCUAGAGAGAUCAUGGCUACUUACAGAAAUUGAAGGCUGAGACUGUUGCCAUUGUGUACAUGUAUUACAGAUAAACAUUUUCUAUGCAUUCAGUGGAAAUGUAAUUUAAAGGUACUUUGUCCUCUUACAACACUGCAAUUUCUGAAUAAUAUUUUGUUUCCUGCUUGAAAUAUACUGAGCUUCAUUGAAAACGCACCACCCAAGUUUCAGUUGUUAUCGAUGUCGCAUGUGUAGGGUUGCUGUAAAACACACAAUAACUCUAACCUGUGUAUACAAUUUUGGGAUAAUUUACUGCCUACCAAAAUACAUCCAGUUAUACAAAAUCAGUUCAAUGUUUUAUCAUUUGUUCUUCUAAUUGUUUUUAUAAUUAUGAAUCUGACUGAUGCGUUUCCAUUGGAGUUCAGUAUAAUAAUCACCUCAAGAAAACUGGAUGUACAGAAAUGAAUAUUUAAACAAACAAGUGUGGACCGAAUUUACAAAGCCCGUUUUUUCUCACAUGCGUGUGUAAGAAUGUAUUACACCCAGGCCGUAUUUUACGACAUAUAAGGACAUGUGUUCAAUGGUAGGAAAUGGCCCUCUUUAAUCUUUUUCAAUCUUAAUCUUUUUAAGGGCAUAUAAAUUGUGUAAUUUUCAUUGUUUAAUUUACCUGUUUGGAAAUGCCCUGUCAAAAACAAGCGUUACACUAAAGUAAUUAAAAUUAUUUUUUAUUUAAAUACCAUAGGUUAUUUCAACGACGCAUCAAAAUCCCCCCCCCCCCCCUACCUUUUAUAAAUAAAUCAAAAUUGUCCCAUUAAUAAGUAAAUUAUCUGUCCCACACUCGGCCCCUGGCCAUGCCAGAGAUUGGGUGUGGGAGAGACGUGCCUGAACCUUAAUUGAAUAGAGGCACGUUAAUAGAGCUUACGAUUUACGAUACGUAGGACAUGGUUUACAGCAGCAAAAAUAGUAUAAUUAUAAUACUGAUAGUAGUACAGAUAUAAUAUAAUGGUGAAAAUUAGUAAAUAUGAUGUCAUCAAUAAUACAUAAAUAUAGCUUAUGAUGUAGUAAAAAAAUACGUUAUAUGUUUGCUACAUAUAGAGUUUGGGGUGGGCGUGCAGAAAACAUAUCAUCCAUGAAACCAUGUACCUACAUUCCUUUAUUUUCCGUAAACACUUGCGUUUAGAGAAACAGGCUUCCUAAAUUCAGCCCAGUUCGCUUCAACAAAACCUACAGCACAUAAUUGUUCAGAGGGUUAUGUACCUUUAAUGAUUCUGAGUUUUAUUACUAUUUGCAUAUACAUGUAUUCUGGAAUAUUAACCGUUAAGUGUAAAUAUACAUCUUGUAAUUAUGUAAUUUUAUUACUUUGGUGGAGAAAAAUAACUGCAAUUUACGACACCAGAAUGCUACACCCAAGUGUAAUUGUCUGGAAAUGAAUAAUGCAUAGCGAAAGGAUAAUAAACGGUAUUUUAAAUGCUAUGUGCAUCUUAUACAGGAUAUACAUUUUAAUAAGUAACUGUUUUGCAUUAAAUGAUAACCAAGAUGAUAUAUUUAAUGGCACCUACUUGAAAAAUAGUGGCAAAUAAACUGCAUAUAAACAGUUA